CUGGACUAAAUGGGCGGGUUUGGAGUUUGCACCUUAACAACCUCCAUAAAGCAGCAGCUCGCGCGCACAGAGGCGCUUGGUGUCUGCGUUUCCAUAUUUUGCGGGUCAGGACAACAGCCUGCCGGAGUUCCCGUGGGAUUAAACGCACGGAUCCCAGUAAUCCGCCCUGAAACGAGAGCUGGCCGGCGGGAGGAGCUUCAAAACCUGGCAGGUUUGGGGUUGGCUUGGAGAUUUCCUCGUGGAGUCUUAGCGUGACGCAUGCGCCUUCCGCCCUAUUUCUCCAUCCCCACGGCACAGAGGGUUUUUGAAGCGUUACCUGCUUAAAGGCGCCGCUGGCUGUCAUACACAGAAGCUUAGUGAUCGAGGUUCUUUCCUCGUUUUCCCCUAAAACAGAAAGUUUUAAAAGGAAAACAAACAUUGUGUUAUUCUAAUGAAAGAGGCGGAACUGUGAGAUAAAUCUAGAAAUAAUUCUAUGGGGAGGGAUUAGAUCCAAUUACGAGGAAUAAGAGCGUGUGCUGCUGCUAAAGAUGCGGAAACAACAGCAGCUGUUGAAGUCUGGAGUUUCAUCCAUGUAGAAUGUAUUCGUGAGCGAGGAGCAGCAUGUCCAAGUUUAAGAGUAAACAUGUUCGAAGUUGGACUCAAAGGACAUGAAGUUGUUUUUUGCGUGGGAUGUCCUCCGUGCUAUGAAUCGUCUCAUUCUUUUUCCACUCUUCGGAAUUUACGGGUUUUCUUUGGAGCCUAACCACCAUGUCAAAAGUCAUUCAGAAGAAGAACCACUGGAUAACAAAAGUGAACGAGUGCGCGGUCAUCCGGGACGAGAAUGGGGAGCUGAAAGUGGAGCUGCACGGUGGAGCGGAGAAUGGAGAGUUUGCAUACAUUGGGCAGAUCAGAGAGGAUGCUGUGGUUUAUCAGGACGGGAAACUGUCUGAGGGAGAACUGCUUCUUGGAGUUGAGGGGCUGUCAGUGUCUGGAUUACCUCUUUAUGACAUCUACACUGUAAUCAACUGCUGCAAAGGACCUGUCAGGUUAAAAACUGUUCGUCAAGGUCACAAGCUCAAUAAAGAUCUGAAGCACUUCUUGAGCUUGAGGUUUCAGAAAACGUCACCUGACCAUGAGUUGCAGAAGACUAUCCGCGCCAAUUUAUAUCGCCAUGCUGUGCCUUGUACAACCCGUGCCCCUCGAGACGGAGAGGUCCCAGGGUUGGAUUACAACUUCCUGUCUGUGGAGGAAUUCCUACAACUGGAGGAGAGUGGCACACUACUGGAAGUAGGAACAUAUGAAGGUAACUAUUAUGGGACCCCAAAGCCUCCAAGGCAGCCCAUCAUUGGGACAGUGACUCUCAGUGAUGCGGGUUCCCAUCCGUCUACCCCGAAGCGCACCAAGUCCUACCAUGACAUGCAAAAAGUCCAUGUAGUGCCUGCUGACGAUGACGAUGACGACCAGGCCACGGAAAUGAACAACAGUUUUACAGGUAACCCUAACGACCAGGCCGCGAGAGAGCGGCAUCCUCCGGCCGUACCCCGUGCGUGA